AGAGCUAAUGCACAACAGCCUAAGCUUUUUGUUGGAAUGAUUCUCAUUCUCAUCUUUGCGGAGGCAUUGGCGUUGUAUGGCCUUAUUGUUGGCAUUAUCCUCUCUUCUCGUGCUGGCCAAUCAAGAGCAGAUUAGAGAAUGGUGUCCUCGCUCUUCUUACAGUUCGUUUGCAUCACCUUAUUAUCAGGUUAGUGAGGCUAGUUUGGAAGUUGCAAUCUCUUAUUAUUGUGAUGCAUGCAAUUUCUUCUUCACAUCAUUAAGUAAUUCUGUGCUUGAUUGUAAUAUUGGUGACAAUUUUCCUCUGGGAAAUAAGGCUUUGUGAAGCUUGUUUCUUACAUUUGCAUCUUUGUAUUUUACAUAAGUUCCAAGGAGCAUACUAUUCAUCUUGUGAUACUAGUUCGUGUACAUGUAGGAGUGUUAUUUUAAGUACAGUUUUUUCUCAAUUUCAAUUUCAAAUUCUUAAUUUAUGCA